AUGCUCCUCGUCGCUCCCGAUUUGGAUCACCGCAACGACGCCCAGCCGACGGUGAGCUGGAUGACAGUCCAUCACGAUGGUCGACCCACGCGAUCGACGUAUCACCAGUUUGACAACUCUCCUUCCAUCAACGCUCUCGAUGCCCUACGCGGAAACUCGUCCCAGCCCCGCCUGGCUGCAAACGCAUCUGUGAAGAGGCGAGAUCAGACAGGAGGAGGGUAUACCGAUCCCGCUGGACUCACAGUUCUCCAUGAGCCAGAUGGCGUGCCUCUGGCGGACUUGGUCUUUGUACAUGGCGUUGGCGGUGGCAGCCUGCGCACUUGGACCAAUGAGCAUGAUCAAGCUGAUUCGUUUUGGCCGAUGAACUGGCUUUCCAGUGAGACAGUGAUUGCAUCAGCAAGAAUCUCAACCUACGGCUUUGGUCCACCCGCAUCCACGUCUCCGGGAGAUCCUGAUCGCCUUCUUGAUAUCUCGGACCUGGCCAAAGACCUCCUGGCGAAACUGCGAUUUGGCCAGGGUCGUGAGGGUCGGUCGCUGAACGUCGGUUGUAUACCUCUAAUUUUUGUCUCGCACUCAUUGGGCGGCCUGAUUGCGAAAAAGGCUUACCUACUCGCUAUAUCCGACUCUAAUGCGACCUAUGGGCAGAUUGCUCAAGCGACAUCUGCUUUUGUUUUCUUCUCCACUCCCCAUCGAGGACUUCAUCAAAGCUCGGUCCUGAAUGAUGUACUCAUGGCAUGCGUUGCAGAAUGGCGCUUGACCCAUGGCGCCGAGCUGCUCAGACGCCACCUGCCUAAGAUGCAGAAUAUAAACGACAAAUUCAGAGACCUACUGGCGCCUUUGCAUGUCUACUCAUUCUAUGAGCGACCUCUGGGCCAAUCUCCGCUAUGCUCUGGCUCUUUUGUGCUGCCACAUCAUGUGGCUACCCUGGACCAUCCAAAUGAAAUACAAAUCCCUCUAGAUGCUGAACACACUUCUAUCACCAAGUACACGUCGAGGACCGAUCCAAAUUAUUCGAGCGUUCGUGGAGCCCUUCGACUUCUUGUUGAGAAGUUCAAGUCGAGGAGAAGGUCAGAUUUUCCUGAUGACACUGCAAAUCAGACUGAGGAGGUUAGCCGCCUCCUUCACGGUUGCGAUGCUCCCCAGGACGACUUAUCGGAGUUCUCUGAAAAACGCAUCGCCGGAUCGUGCGAGUGGGUUCUCCGUCAUCCCACCAUGGAUCUCUUCUUAACCGACGAUGCUGCCCAGCCGCAGGUUCUAUGGUGCUUUGGCGGCCCCGGCAGCGGCAAGUCUGUUACUGCAACAUAUAUUAUCGAGAGUCUGAUCGAGGACUCGAAAGCGUGCGCUUACUACUAUUUUCGCUCCGGCUAUCAGGUGAAGAACAGCCUAAGCCAAUUUUUGACUUCGACUGCCCUACAGUUGUCUCGGUGCAUACCCGAGUAUCGACGCAAGCUCUCUACGCUCGCAGGAGACUCCUUCGACAUUAACAAAGCUGGCCAUAAAUUACUUUGGAAAAAGCUUUACUCAUCUACCCUACUACAAUGCAACACGAGACAGCCGUUCUACAUCGUUCUUGAUGGGCUAGAUGAGCUGAAUCAGACUAGAGAGCUUUUGCAGAGACUCUUUGUCGAAAUGGAGAACGCCUCCGUACCUUUGCGCUUGCUACUAGUUAGUCGCCCUACCCUGGAGAUUGAGACAUCGGUGGAGCGACUGUCAAAGCGAAUGGACGUACAGCGCCUGCCUCUAGAUAACAACGCAGAGGACCUGGAAAUGUAUGUUCGCGAGGAAAUGGAGUUCAUGCCAGGAACCGAUAGCUUCAAGGAGAUGACGGUUAACGAGAUUCUCGUUAAAGCUGAUCGCAACUUCCUAUGGGCACACCUCGUUGUCCAGGAAAUCGUCGAAUGUCAGACUGAGGUCCAAGUCGAACAAGCGCUACAGCAGGUCCCCAGGGACCUCGCUCCAUUAUAUCGACGAAUGGACGAUCGACUAGCAGACGUAUUCCGUUCGCGCCCUCAAGACACCAUGAUGGGCCGUACUAUCAUCAUGUGGGCAGCCUGUGCCCGGCGGCCUUUAAAUCUCGAUGAACUCGAAAAUGCACUAGAGCACGAUUUCCCGAGGAUCAUGGACAUGCGCCAGACAAUACAGAGACUAUGCGGCGAAUUCGUUACAGUAGACAAGAGAGGCUACGUCUCCAUAAUGCAUUCGUCCGCCAGAGACUUCCUUAUGUCGAAUACGGAUCUCAAUUAUCAUGUCAGCCUUCGCAGAGCGCAUCAUGCUCUUUUUACCAGGUGCAUUGGAGUGCUUACCUCUGGCCGCCGGGACCACCAUACCUUGAAAGACGCUGCCCGCGCAUUUCUUCUGUAUGCUGCAUCAUCUUGGCCAUUCCACCUUACCCAGAGCUCUGAUUUCGAGGAUCACAGCUCACUGACUUCAGUAUUGGCAUUGCUUCGGAGCCGGGCUGUACUGGAUUGGAUGUUCAUGCUGGCGUAUGCAGGGCAGCUGCGAGCAAUCGUGCAAGCGUCGAAGGCGCUAGGCGAUCUUCUGAAGAUACUGGACAAGGCUGACGCAGAACGUAGUCCAUUGAUGCAUCGGCUUGCCGACAAGGAAGUUCUCUUGCAAUGGGUACAGGACUUGAUUCGUGUUGUUGGCAAAUUUGGACCGCAAAUCACACGCACCCCGAAAACUGUCUAUAGGCUUUUGCCUGCGUUCUGUCCCAGAGAAUCAGUACUCUACAGGCAGUUCAGCCCAGGACACCAUACUUCGAUGGCCAGGGAAGAGUCGCCGCUCGAGAUACGAGGCAGGCUCAACCCCAUGUGGGAUGACUGCUUUGCCAAAUUCGCCGUUACAGGCGACUCCACUCCAAGCUCUAUUUUGAGUCUUGAUCGAUACUUCGCUAUCUUGACGAAAGGGAACGGCACAGUCCACCUGCAUUACUCAAAUACUUGCGAGAUUGCUCGCCGCUUACCACAUGGCGACCAUGUAUUAACCUUCUGUGCCGACAGCCCAGUCUCAAGGAUCGCGACCUAUGGUUUCAAGAAAACUAUGGUUUGGGAUAUCGAGAGUGGGAGACUCCUGUACAGCAUCGAAAACCCAAGCCACACUAAGGCAUUGGCAAUUAGCUUUCAGCGCAGCGACCGCGGAGAUGAUUUGUUGUUGACUUUCUCGGACGACAGAAUAAUACGCGCUUGUUCGUUGGAAGCUAUUCGCUUUGAGUGGGACUACUUUGGUCGAAGCCUUGACAAUGAUUCAACGCAUCCACAUCAGGUAAAUGCGCCGCAUAACGCUCAAUUCAGUCCAGAUGGUCUAUACAUAGCCAUAUCCUAUCGUGGCGCAAAUCCAGCUGUCUGGUAUCUAGGAGCGAACGAGCCGCAUUUUGUCGCGCACUUUGACCACCGCAGCCGCAGCAGUCGCAGGAGUGCUGCGCAUCUGCAACAACAUACCAGAAUCCUCUAUGUCCAGAGUUUCGCUUGGAAUCCUUUGACAGGUCAUUUGCUCGGCACAUUUUAUGGAGGCAUGGUUUUCAAAUGGCAUCCUCAGGAUGACACUUUCGCGACCUUUGACUCCCGAGGCGAAAUCAUCAAGUGCUCUGCUGACGGCAAGUUGUUCGUGACGGGAAGCAACGAAGGUAUCUUACGGAUCUGGGACUUUGAACAUUUUACACCUAUUACACAGCUUCGCUAUCCUUUACGGAUCCAGGAUCUAGACAUUGGUCGAAACCAGGCGAGAUUAUAUGACCUUCGCGAACAUUAUUGUAAUAUAUGGGAGCCAAGCAGCCUCCUCAGGGCUCUAGAAGGUGAUGACAUCGCGAGUGACACGCACAGCAGCCGUGAAAGCGAACAGCAGUCGUUGGCGGCGGAGUCAGUGCGAGAGCAAGAAGAAUUCGAGCCAGUCACAGCCUUCUCCGCCAUGAAGCUUGAUCAAAUCUAUGCUAUUGGAGAUGAUGCCGGCAAGAUCACGAUCUCAGAUUUCGACGGACACAGUAUAGUGGAACUUACGGACGGCAUCAUGAGCAUCGAGCAGCUGGCAUGGUGUGAUAACGCUUGCUUGCUGGCAAGCGUUGAUCUUGGUCGCGGGAUCACGAUCCGAACCUUCGAUAAUCUUCGCGACCAGUCUUGCCCGGUCAAAAGUGUGAGCACCUUGAAGAGCAUCUCGGAGGUCGAAGAAAUUGAGCAGACUCUUAUUCAAGCCGAUGGCAACGCUUUGAUGGUAGUUACGCCGUCAGCGGUGAAGUUGCACCCGCUCCAAGCCAAUGUUCCGCAAGUGGUGCUACCUAUUGCGCGGCCAGGCAAAUGGAUUAUGCAUCCCCAGGAUGCGAGUCUGGCACUGGGGUUUAGUGCCCAUCAGGUCACGGUCCUGCCUUGGCUCGAUCCAGCGAACUCUACCUCGGUGGAGUACGAGACUUUUGACCCAACUGGAUCCCAUUCUGACCGAGGCAGUCUGAGAUUGCCUAAUCCCCGGCGACCCUCGCAAGCACAUCCAACUAGCCCUUCAGAGAUCGAUGAAACGGUACACGAUGUCUACAUCUCGCCAAACUCUUCGCUGGUAAUGAUCGAGAUCUAUGGUGCGACAAGACAGACCAGGCGGCGCUCGGCUUGUCUACUGGCUGAAAUGAAGCACCUCAGUUCUGACGGGCUUGGCCAAUCCCUGGUCGUCCAGUCAAUACCGUCGAUUCUGAUGGACGCCCUUUACGUGUCACUUGGCUUCGUGGACGCGGAUGCACUUAGCGUCCCAGGACGAAGGGGCACGUUCGCUGAGCACCGUAGAUCUGUAUCACGACGACAUCACGAUCUUAGCACCUUUGUCUUUGUAGAUCGGGACUUCUGGGUCUGCUCUGCCGACAUCGGGUCCGCCAACAUUCAAAACUCGGAGCUUGAGAUUCAUAAGCACUUUUUCCUGCCAAGAGACUGGCAGAAUUCUGAAUGGAUGGAGAUGGCGACCGUGACGCCCGAUGGAAAUGUCUUGUGUCCCCGGAACGGAGCUAUUGCCCGUCUAACCCGUGGAAGCAGCGGCACGAAAGCUGAGAGGAAUUCAUCCAACCAGCUAAAUUCAUCCGACCAGCUACAAUCUUUGAUGCUAUGCUUUCAUGACGAUGCGUCAAGCGCGCACUACCGAGCUCGACGAACGUGGCCUUCAGCAUGCAAAUGUUCAUCAAUGAAGCCACUUCGUCCUCCGAUUGCUUUUCCGAUUGGUAUAAUACCACUUCGCAAAGCUGUAAAUGACGAUGAACACGCCAGAGAUUGCCGCCAAACCCUUACUUCCUCCUCCAUACUCCGCCCGAUCAUCCCUACGAUAAGUGUUACUACUAAUGAUCACCUGCAACUGCACCGACAUCUUAUACAGCACCGCAAAAACAGUUCUCGCCCUCAAGACCCUAUUAUACCAAGCCACUUGGCCAGCUACGUGCUAUUACUGCUCCAGACCACAGCUGCGACUGCUAGGUCGAGCAGACGCAACCUAGCCAAGCCCAGGCCGAAUCAUCUCUCAAUUAUGGUAUCGCUCUACGCCCAAGAAUAUUUCACUUUAUAUACGGUGGGUCUAUCUCCGCUGCUCCUGUUCUGGCCGAAGAAAAGAGAUUUCUACGUGAAGGUCGACUUCUGUCACUUCGAUUCAGAAAACCCAAUCUAUGCUCGAUUUCAGGGACGAGGAAGUCUUGGCAUAUUUACACGAACUUAA